AAGAACUUGAUCUAGGCGAGCGCGUGCGCACCCGUGGGAAAAUUCUCAAGACAAAUUUGCGGUGGCGCUAUAACCUCAACUGAGAUAAAGGAAAGUUCAUUAUUUUCGAAAGCGUUGAGACACACCAGCAGGACACACUCUUGUGUGCGACUUUUGGACCAACUUGGAAGCUUGGAAUUCAUUAGCUGGAAACUGAAUAUCGUACAGGUGCACUGAAGCCCCCUCCUGUCCUGGGGGGUGUGAGAGCAUUAUUCGCCCACGAUGAGAACGUUUUUCCUGCUUAAUGUGUAUUGCAUCAGCCUGCUCUUUUCACAACUGUUGGCUCUAGCGGUGGGAAGCCCGCUGGUGAAGAACAGGUUGGACUUCAUAGCCAGACUCCAUCAGCUAAGAGAAGGAAGUACCAUCUCUCCAGACAUCACCAAGCAAGCAAACGCUGACCAUGGCAUAUCCAUCAACCGCACCUUUCUGUGGAGAGCCAUCCUCUCCAAAUCACCACCUUCAAUGAACCCAACAGGAAUCCCACUCCACAUCACUCAGACAAUGGAAGGAGAGUCCAACGAAGCAGGUGGAGGCCCAAAGCAAAGAGGGUUAAGAGGUCGUCGCUAUGUACAUUCACGAGGUCAUCACAACCAUCAUCACGCCCAGUUGAUGCGCGUUGGAUGCGUCCUUGGUACCUGUCAGGUACAAAACCUCAGUCACCGCCUCUACCAGCUGGUUGGCCAAAGAGGACGUGAAGACUCCUCCCCCAUUAACCCUCGCAGUCCGCACAGCUACGGAUAAGAUUUGGAGAGUGUCUGUCUUAAAUUAAGAACCAAACAAAACAGAGUUACCCAUAUUUGUCUUGUGUUUGUCUAUUUUAUUGCAAGUAGCUUUGAAUAAGAUACUGCUGUAGUACUCUGUUCUCUUGCCUUGGUUUUCUGGAGCGUAAUCUGUGCCUUUUUGGACAGAAAGGACCUCUGUUACUUGUUGACAAACUCUUAAAUUCGCUGCUUCUAAACAAACUUUGGCCAUGGGCACCCCCUUUUUUAUUCUUGAGUCUUUAAUUUAAUAUUGUCAUCUUGUUGAGGUGAUGUAUAAAUUCUAUUCUUCAGAAAAGAGAUUAGUCUGGGAGAUGCCACAUUGCACUCCAUCUCAUCUAAGGCUGUUAACUUCUACAUCACUGAUCAAGCCAUCUAAGCCUUUAAUGUGGAUUUCAAGGUGUGCGAUUGGAUUUCUGUCAAGCCGAGGCCCAAGUAUUCCAAAAGACUUCAAGACUGAACUCACUAACCUCAAUUCUCCAACACGACGACUAAAAAUUAGGAGACUUAAGUUGACAGUUAUUGGUGAUAAGGAACUUAGGGGUCGUUCACACCGUACUUGCACUAAAAAAGCUAGACAAAGCACACCAAACAGAACAGAACUCAAGAGACAAUAUAUGGGUUUUUAAAAGUUAAAUUUCACGAAACACGCUGCAAUGGUCAAAGACGUCCAUCUAGCGCAUGUUUACAUCAUGGGCAAAAGUGUGUUUGGUGUGAAAGGCCCCUUAUGCCCUCAGGUGGUUCAUGAGCAGCAUAGAUUCUAACUUGACUAGUUACUGAAACCUCGAGUUUACAUCAUAGGGUGUGCUUGGUAAACAAUGGUAAAUUGUCUUUAAAAAAAACUAAAUGAUUUUAAAAACACAUUGGUCACUUGGUUGAGAUUGCAUAGCAAUAUAGUGGCACCCUACUCUGAAUGCGGAUUAAAACAUUGUUCCUUUUCCAUGCACCUUGUGGUGCAGUGUCUGAAACAUUAUACGUCACAUGAUUUAUAAAUUCUAAAGUCAUGACAACAGCGGCCAUCUAAAGAAUAAGUUAUAAUCCCCGAGAUCUCGGUUUCCACUCUUACAAAGUCCUGCUGGGCUUUGCUACAUAAAACAGAACCAAGCCUUUUCUGAGUGUUUCCUAAAUUAUUGUUAUAACAUAUCCUUAAAUAACCAUAACCUAGGUUGCAGCUCCAUUACAAACCCAAAAUUAGCUAAAAGGCUGUUUAAAACCAUUUUCUGCCAAUCAAUUCAAUUCUAACACUUGACCAUAUUUAGAAAAGGAAGAAACCGUCAUAUAUUUUAUUUUAUUCCCUUAUUAAAUUACAUAAUUUUGUCAGAAAAUGAUUUAAUGACUAGUAUGAAAAACAAAAUAUUCCCAACACACACUAACUGUCUUAUUUUUGAGAGGGUCAUUUAAAGGAAUAUUCUGAGGCAACACAAGUUAAGCUCAAACGACAGCAUUUGUGGCAUGAUGUUGAUUACCACAAAAUGUAAUUUCAACUUGUUCUUUCUCUUCUGGGGUUGCAAUGAGGUACUUCCAAUGGAAGUGAAUGGAGGCAAUCUGUAAAUGUUUAAAAUACUCAAAGUAUAGCCACAGGAAGUAAACAAUAUGUGUUAACAUGAUUUUAGUGUGAUAAAAUCACUUACUAACCUUUUCUGUGUAAAGUCGUUGCCAUGACGACGCAACACCAUAAACCCUGUAAUCCUGCAAAAACAACAAAUAAUACAUACAUUUUAACAGAAGAAUUAAUGCAUGCUUUUAUGAAAUUAUAAUCUCACAUUUCUGCAUGCAAGCCCUCCAUAAAUUGGUCCCAUUCACUUUCAUUGUAAGUGCUUCACUGUAACCUCCAUUUUUGCAGAAAAGGAGGGACGGGUCGAAAUACAUUUUUGUGGUGAUUAAUAUUAUGCCAUAAAUGCUGUCAAUUGAGCUUAAUUGAUAUUUAACCCAAUACUCUUUUAAGUAAAUUCCUGUUACUCUAAUUAAAGAUUCUUGUUAUACCAAAAUUUGAGGACACAGCAUGCCAAAGUCUUUCAGUGACACUGCCUUCCAGAAACACCUCCUAUUUGUGUCAUGUAUUUUAAGAAUUCCCUUUUUGUUAUAAUAAUCAUGUCUGAAUCUGUGGGUGGGAACACAAACCAAAAAUACCAAACAGGCAUUGGAAGAAUAGUCCUAAAACCAGCCGAGGGUGAGCAGUUCACAACUUUCAUAAACUUUCCCUGACUUUUCUGAAGUCUAUGAAUGUUGGGAAAUGCAUUGAGACAUCAAAGUGCUCUAUGCUUUGCAUGUCUCUGGAUUAAAAUAGCAGAAGUAAUCUGACUAAAACAUGAAAUACUCACCUUCUGGUGGUCUUAAGUUAGUAUCCAGGCCAAGAACCUCUCAGCAUAACCUCUAUGUUAUAGUGCAAUUUACACCGACAUUUAUUUCACCCCCAAAAACUGAAAAUGUACUCACCUGUUGACUUGUUAUUUCUUCUAUGAAACACAAAAGGUGAUGUUAAAAAGAAUGUAACCCUCACUCACCAUUCACUUUCAUUGGAUGGAAAAAAGAUGCAUUGAAAGUGAAUGGUGACUGAAGCUGUAAGUCCCUAACAUUCUGCGAAGCAUCUUCUUUUGUGUUCCGGGGAGAAGAACGUGAGUUUAAAACAGCGCGAGGGUGUUUAAAUGACAACAGAGUAUUCCAUUUUGGGUGUGCUCUCCCUUUAACAUUCUCUUUUUCCAAAACAACCUUCCCGAAUUGUUCCAAAAAGGCAGAGAAUCUACCAAAAAACCUGAUUUUACUUGAUUUUACUUUUCUGUGCAUUCACACUAUACUGUAAUUCAAUGGUGAUUUAUUAAUUUUCCAUUAAUUUCACUGCCAAUGCAAGUAUUUAUCUUUGAAUGGGCUUGAUUUUCAAUUGCAACGGAUUUGAUGGACUUAAUUGUAAAAGUCACUCUCCUUAUCAUGUCUAAUUCUAAUAAUGAUGAUCAUAGGAACUUGGUGGGAGUGGUCACUGGUGCUUUUACAACUAAUCUGCUCGAAGGCUCUCUAUAUAUCUAAUCCAUUCUCUCUGCUGUAACCGAUCUGAUUCAUUUCUCGUGACUGAACAUUAAAAGGCUUUAAACUGCUGAGAGCCUGGUUAAUCAGUACUUUUUAAAGUGUGUACAUGCACGUGGAGAGCCUUUAGUUUUACAUGCCUCAUGUUGACAUAUAUAUUGAUCACAUUCCUGUUUUUUUUUUCAAUUGAACUAUCAAUUUAUUUAUUUUAGGGAUAAGUUGUUGUUAAUGUCUUGGUGUCAUGGGUUGCAACGUAACAAAUACGUCAGUAUCUGGCCCUGAUCGUUAUUUGUACAAGUGUGUUUUUCUUGAAACAGUGUGCUGCCCCCAUGUUCUGCGUAUCAUGGCAGCUUAUUUUUGUGACCUUUGUCCCCCUUCAAAGCUCUACUUGGUUCAUUAAGAAAAGCACAAUGCAUUAGUUUUCACACUAAUGUUGAUGACCGCUGCUCUUCUUAGUGAAGGAAUACACACUGAACAUUACGAAUUUGUGUUCUGGGGACCUUUAAAGAUACACGAGGACAAUAUGUGUGUGUUCAUCCUGGAGCAUUUUGGAGCAUACCCCCAAACCCAAUGUUUUAGCAGAUAUUAAAAGCCAGUUGUGUUGUUACACAAAGCACUUUAUAGAAGGAGCAUAUUUUGUGUUUGUCACUUGAACUUAAGACUGAUGUGACUGUGAGAGUUUUAUUUAAUGAGUUUUUAGCAGGAUCUUUGUGAAUGUAUUUUAAAUGGUGUUAGCACACUGAAUGAUGAGUAGCUGGGUGGACACAGUCAGUAUCAUAUACACUUUGUGAAUACUAUUAUUGGUGAUAAUAUUUAAGUUAAUUUAUUUAUGCAUUUGAGUAUCUAUGUCACCAAAGAAGUCAUUUAUCACAUACAGUGUUGUCUUAAAGCUCAGAGAUAUCCUCUGGGUAGGAAAAAAUAGUAUUUUUAGGAAAGACAACAAGAUGAGUUCUUUCACUCCCAUACAAUGUCCUUUUUUCUCUGUGAAAUAAAGCACUACAUAGUAGUGAGAAUAAAUGUGAUGUUUUGUUCUCUUUUAAAUUUGAAAGUCAGUUCUUUGUGACUCUGAAUGGAUAACAGACAUUAGACUACAAGUACCUUGUGUAACAUACAUUUGACUUAUGUACAACUAGCCAGUCAACAUCACAAAAUAAACAAUAGCUUCGGGUUUUGUAUCACACGGAUGGGGUUUAUUUUAUAUUUAAGUAAAUAUUUUCUGUGCAUUCUCCUGUUUAUUACAUGGCUACUUGUGAAAU